GACUAAGCACUUUGUUUUGAUUCAUCCCCGAUGCCGAACACCGUUCCGGGGCUGGUGAGCCACCGCCACUGUGCACUCUGGACCCGUGCGAUAGUGCCCCCUGGAAAGGGAAAAAGGCGGCGUCACAGCAAAACAUGCUACAGUAACCGGUCGGGUCGCUGCAAUAAACAACUGCGCGCGGCAUACGAAGUGUAGAUAGCUAAUCGCUCAGUUUGGUGAAAUCACUCGUUGUUGCCGCCACCUAACUCCUCGUCAUCCUCACAGGCCUUCCCCACAGGGUCUAGUGCGCUGAAUGAAGCACUAGCAAUGCUACCGCGAUAAGAUACUCUAGCCACUGGCUGGCGAUUGCACAAGAGGAGGGGUAGGAUCGCUCGCACAUACCAAUGUGUGUGUAUGUGUGCCCUUGUCCUCAUCUUCUCCCCCUGGGACUCUGGCAGUAGAGGGGAAUUGUCGAUACGUUCGCGCGUAAAGACGCGCGGAUUUUUUUGCGAUUAGUUCUACUUCAUCGCGCGAACGGAACUGAUCCCAUUGGGUUGUAUGCCGUGGUGGGUUUCCGUAGUCCGUUUGGAACGUUAUUUUGUGUUUGUGUGUGUGUGAAUAGGUGACAAACCACGAUGGUACUAACCCGGGCACGUGUGUUGUACGAUUUUGCGUGCGCCCUGUUGCACAUCGCGUACGGUUUGGUGCUGUUUGUAGUGCACCACCGUUGGAUCCGAUUCUGGCCACCACCUGUCCGUCCAGUUGUAACUGUGCGGCAGGGUAAGGUACGGGGCGUCACCUCGACCCUGCCGAACGGUGGCCAGUAUCACUACUUCAAGGGUAUCCCGUACGCGGAACCACCGGUCGGGCGGCUACGCUUCCGACCACCCGUUGCGCUGGAACGGUUCCGCAAACCUGUCGUCGACUGUUACGCCGAGCGGGCCAAUGGGGUGCAGAAAGAUUUCUUCUCCACCUGGGUCAGUGGGUCCGAGUCGUGCCUGUAUCUGAACGUGUUCACACCCCGGCUGCCAGGCGAGGCCGACACAACGAAGGGUGUGCCGCGGCUUCCGGUCAUGGUAUACAUCCAUGGCGGUGGGUUCAUGAGUGGCAGCGGAAGCAGCUUCUUCUACAACCCGGAGCACUUCAUCGAGCGGGACGUGCUGGUCGUCACCAUCAACUAUCGGUUGGGGCCGCACGGAUUCCUCUACCUGCCGGCCGCCGGCAUCCCGGGCAAUGCGGGCCUUAAAGAUCAGCUGCUGGCGUUGAAAUGGGUCAAUGAAAACAUUGCUCAGUUCGGGGGCAACCCGGACAAUGUAACACUGUUCGGCGAAAGUGCCGGUAGCAUGUCGGCGUAUUUGCACUACCUAUCACCGAACUCGCGGAAAUAUAUUCAUCGUGUGAUUUGUCAGAGUGGAGUGGCAGUUACGGAAUCAUUUUUCCAAGUUGAACCGGAAGAGAAGGCAAGAAAGUUGGCGCGGUUCUUCGGUUACACUGGUGACAGCGAUCAGGGCGUUCUUGAAACGCUCCAAAAAGUGUCAGCGAAACAGUUAGCUCGGCAUCAAAACGAAGCAAUCACCGAGGCGGAAAAGCAGCUCGCCCUCAUCUUUAUCUUCCGGCCGGUGGUGGAGCAGCAGCAAACGGAGGACAGUAUCAUCACGCAGCCACCGUGGGAGUUGCUCAAAUCGUACGACACGCUGCGCAUGCCCCUGCUGGAAGGGUGCAACGAUGGGGAAGGCAUCUUGGCGCUGCGCAGCCUGGGCAAACGGUGGAAAGCGUUCGGCAAGGCACCGGAACGGUUUGUUCCGGUACUGCUGGGCAGAUCGCCCCAGCUGGACAGUGCUGUUGUGGGUCGCGAGAUCAAGCAGUUCUACUUUGGCGAACGGCCGGUAAACGACCGUACGAUCGAUAGGAUGUGUGAUGUGCUGUCGGAUAACACGUUCAUCACCAACUCGGCGACCAGUGCGGAGUGGCUGGCCAAGUAUCAACCGAAUGCGCCCCACUUUCACUAUCGCUUCACGUUCGAUGGACGGUUCAGCCUGCUGAAGCGCAUCUUCCAGCUGUCGAAUGUGCCGGGAGCGUGCCACGGGGAUGAUACGCUGUACAUGUUCAACCCGAGCUUUCUUCCCAAGCUGCCGCCGAACAGCGAUGAGUGUCGGGUGCGCGAUAUCUUCAUCGCGCUAUGGACCAGUUUCGCCAAGCACGGAGAUCCAACGCGUGAGGUCCCCGCCAACCUGGUGCCCGUGCGGUGGGAACCAGUUUCGAAGGUUGCACGCGACUCCGCCGACUUCGAUCUCGACUGUCUCGAGAUUAACACGGUGCCACGCAUGGUGCGCAAUCCAGGCGCCGGACGGAUGCAGCUGUGGCGCGGACUGCUCAAGAAGUACCGAGCGGACUAUCUGUAGGGAGCUGCAGGCAGGGAUCCUAAAUGCCAUCAAGCCACUGUCAACCAGUGAACUACCAAAGGAGGGAGGGUAGUUAGGGCGUGGUAUUAACAAGCAGGUGUUAAUGUUGAAGCACAAAUAAACGCACGGCGUGUGAAAUGAUAUAACUCUCGAGGGAA